AGCUCGAAAAAUUUCUGGCACUUUUUAGUAGUAAUAUCAAUAAGGAUAAAGAUAAAGGUGGGGAAAUGAUAGAAAAAGUUAGAACUUUUCCAGUAUCAACUAUUCGAACAUUUGAAGGCGAAGACCCUCUUGACGACAUUUUUUUGGUCAAAAUUAAUAAGAAUGAACACGUAGAUGGUCUCAAACAUGCUGUCAAAGCGAGAAAACAACAAAAGUUUGCAGAAGUUGACCCAAAAGAACUAAGGUUGUGGAAAGUAGAUAUUACGCUCGAUAAACCCAAUGAAAAGUUGGAAGUACUUGAAAACCAAGAAUGUGCCGUAAUUAAAGAACGCUUAAAAGGGAUGAAGCUUGUUCCAUUUAAGAAAAUUAUCGAGUACUUCUCUGAAGUUCCAAAAGAAAAUCAUCUUAGCAUCAUUAUUGAACGUCCACCAGUGAUUAAAAGCAUUUCGAGUCUAGAAGUAUAUCAAGCGUCACUAAAUGAUAUAAAGCACAAAAUUCUCGACACCCUUCCUUUACCGCAAGAUACGACAGCAGAUAUUUUGGCGUUACGUUUUAGCAGAGAGAAUGACAAAAGCUCUGAAGAACUGGAAUUUAAAAAUGAUAAAAAUUUCCAAGAAUAUCUCAAAUACUGUAUCAUGACUUCGUCUUUGUCGCUUAAAGUCCAAGUAUAUACAUUACAAAAAGCAUUUUCUGAAUGGAAACUUGGAACGGUUUGUGAUCUAUUCGAAUUGCCAUCUAAUUUCCAUGGAAUCGACAGUUUUGAAGAUUCAAAAGCGGAAGAGUUGUUAAAACAUUUCUAUAAAGAUCUUAAGCUCCGUAAAAAAGCCAUUCAUGAACAUGACGUCCAGGGAAAAUAUGGGCGAGGACCACUGGAUUUCUGUUUAUAUCUAAAAGGAAUAAUCAUCGGCGUUGUGGAGGUGAAGAAAGAAGACUUUGAUCAGGGCGUGGCGCAGACCGCUAUGCAACUUCAUUGUUCACUUGAG